AUGCCAAUUCAAUUUGAUGCAGGUUUAGAACAACAAGUUAAUCAAUUUUUAGGAGAUGUUGAUGAUUUUUUAACAGUAAAAACAGGAACAACUGUUGACAAAUUAAAAUCAUUAUUAAAUUGUGAAGAGAAAUCAAUUAGUUAUAAUGCAAUUGCAUUCUUAGCAUUUGCCAAUCAAGCAGCAGUAAACAAAGAUGCAUCACGUGAGGCUGGUUUAAUUAAACUUUUCCUUGAAUUUUGUCAUCCUUCAAAAAUCAUCACUGUAUUACCAAUGGUAAAACAUGCUUCAAUGGGUUUAAUGUUUUUAGCUAACCACUCUGAUGAAAAUAAAAAAGAAAUUGGAGAUUUAAAAGGAAUUGAUACAAUUUUUGAAUUAUUACGUGAUUUAUUGGUAAUGAUUAAAUCACCACCAGAAGAUGUUAAAAAGGAAGAUAUUGUAUCAUCAAUUUCACAAUCAUUAAAUUUGGUGAUAUUUUUAGCAUCCUUGCAAUCAAACAGAGAAGUUAUGGGUACUGUUCAAAACUUUUUAGUUUUAAAUUCUCUUCUUGCUUAUGAAAAUCCACAAAGUUUAGAUCUUCAAUUACAAAUUCAAGAAAAAGCAUUAUCCGCAACAAAUAAUAUUUGCAUGCAUAAGGAAAAUAAAGAAAAUUGUAGAGUUGCAGGUUGUAUUGAAAAUGUAUUAAAAUUAUUAAAAUCAACUAAACCAUCAAUUCAAGAUAGUUCAUUGAGAAUGUUAUAUAAUAUGACAAUUACAGAUGCAAAUAGAGAGGCAAUUAGACGUUGUAAAGGUUUGGAAACAUUAGCAUCAAUGUUGAGUGGUCAAGCAGAAGCAUUGACUUUAUUAUCAUUGAAAGCCCUCUCAAAUAUGGCUGUCGAUAGACAAACCAUUGAAUAUGCAGUAGCCAAUCAAGAGAGUGUACUUCAACCAAUAUAUGGUGUUUUCCCAUCAAGCUAUGGUCAAGGUUGUAGUGAUGCAUUAUUGGAUCAAGUGUUAACAGUUAUUCAAAAUUUAGUCUCUGAAGAGAAUUUAAUUGAUACAGUCGCAAAGAGUGGUAUCAUUGCUAAAUUGGUUGGUGCCACCAAAGGUAUGCCAUUGACAAACACAACUCAUCAAUCCAUACUCGUCAAAGCAUCAUGUAUCAUUAGUGCUCUCAUUACCAUUGAAGAAGUUCAACAAGCUGCCGUAGAACAAGGUGUAAUCACAUUAUUGGUUGAAAUGAUUCAACUUCCAUCCGCUGAAGUUAGAAGAGAGGCUGCUCGUGCUCUCGCCAAUGCCACACCAUACUAUGAUGAUGUUAGAGCUGAAAUUGGUGCACAAGGUGGUGUUAAACUUUGUGUUGAUCUCUUGUUACAAGCCGAUAAGGAAUUGGUUAAACAAGCUGCUCGUGCUUUGGUUAAUUUAGCACGUAACACUCAUAAUGAAGAGAAACUUUAUGAAUCAAAAGGUUUGGAACAUAGUAUUCGUUUAAUCAAUUCUCCAGAGAAAGAUUUGAAAAUGUUGGGUACUAAACUUUUGGUUAAUCUUUCAUUGAAUGAACAAGCUCGUAUUGCUUUCUGUCAAAAGGGUGGUCUUUCAAUCGUAGUUCAACUCUUGACAUCAUCAGAUCCUGAACUUCAAUUACAAGGUACUAAAAUCGCUACAAAUCUUGCCAUCAGUGGUAGAAAUCGUAAGGUUAUGAAUGAACAAGCACCAGAUCUUAUUCCAGCACUUAAAGCACUCGUCAAUUCAUCCGUUAGUGAUAUUAAACUUCAAAGUGAAGUAUCAUUGAAUAAUUUAGCUUUCCCAUAUGAAGCUUCCUAUGAAGGUUUGGAUCAAAUGGAGGAUGCCAUGCCAAUCUUUAUGCAAUCGUCACAAUAUGAAAGAGAUGACGAUGACGAAGAUGAUGAAGAUGAAGCUGAAAAAGAUGAACGUCGUCGUCAAGAAGAGGAAGAACUUAGAUUGGCCGCAGAGAAAGAAGUCGAAGAACGUAAACGUAUCAUGCAAGAAGAGGUAAAGAGAAUUGAAGAACGUCGUAAAGCUGAACAUGAAAAGAGACUUCAAGAGGAACAAGAAUUACGUCAAAAGAAAGAAGAGGCAGAGAAAUUAAGAUUAGCUCAAGAGGCAAUGGAGAAAUUAAGAUUGGAACAAGAAGCUGCCGCCGCUGCUGAAGCUGAAAAAAUUAGAUUGGCCGAAGAACAACGUAUCAUCAAAGAGAAAGAAGUCGCUGAACAAGAACGUAUUAAACAACUUACUGAACAACAAAAACAAAAAGAAGAAGAAGAAGCUAAAAUCGCAUUGGAGAAAGCAAAGAAAGAAGAAGCAGAACGUCUUGAAAAAGCUGAAGCUUUAAGAUUACAAAAGGAACAAGAGGAACGUAUUCGUAAGGAGAAAGAAAUCGAAGCAGAAAGAUUAAGAGUUCAAGAAGAGGAACGUCUUGCCAAGGAGAGACAAGCCGAGGAAGAUAGAAUGAGAGCCGUUGAAGAGGAGAAAUUAAAACUUAUGGAAGCUGAAAUUAAACAACGUGAAGAGGAUAUUCGUCGUCAAAAGAUUGAAGAAGAGGAACGUAGAAAACGUGAAGAACAAGAAAAGAAACUUAAAGAUCAACAAGAUAAAGCUUCACAAGAAUCUGCUAGACUCGCUCAAGAGGCUGCACGUGCACAAAAGAGAACUCACAUCGUUCAAGAGAUUAUGCAAGUCGAAGUCAACUAUGUCAAGAAUCUUACACUCAUGGUCAGAAAAUUCCUUCAUCCAUUGGCCCAACUCUCCACUAGUAAACGUCCACUCUUAACACCAGAUCGUAUCACUCAAAUCUUCUCUACCAUUGAAAACAUUCAAAAUCAUAAUUCCAUCUUCUCUGAUGGUCUUACCUCUCGUAUUAAGAGAUGGUUGGCCGAUAAUAAAAAGGAUCAUUUAAUCAUUGGUGAUAUUUUCCAAAAGAUUGGUGGUUUCAUGCAAGACUAUAGUAAAUACAUCAACAACUACAAUCAAUCCAUUAAAACCUACAAUGAAACUAAAAAGACCAAUCUUCCAUUCGCUCAAUUCAUUAAAAAGGUUGAGUCCGAUCCAGAAUUGAAUGAUCGUGAAUUGGAGAAUCUUUUAAUUACACCAGUUCAACAGCUACCACGUUACAUUAUGUUAAUUCAAGAUUUAAUUCGUAAUACUCAUGAUGAUCAUCCAGAUUAUAAACCAUUGACUGAAGCUUUGGAUAAGAUUAAACAUAUUACCACCAUCAUCAAUGAAAAGAAGAGAGAUGCCGAAGACGCUUUUGCAAUGUUACAAAUUCAUCAACAAGUUCACGGUAAAGUACCAAAUAAUUUCGUUACUCCACAUCGUAAAUUCAUUCGUGAAGGUGCCGUUCAUUUCGGUUCUUCAAGUGGUUCUUUCAAAGAUAAAGAUCCAAUCGUUUUCCUUUUCAAUGAUAUGGUAAUGAUGACAAUUAAACAUCCAAACAAACCAAAUGAAUACAAAUAUCGUUACUCUUGUCAAUUCUCUACCACUACCACCAUCGAAGAACUUCCAAGUGUUAACAAUGGUUUCAUCAUUAAAUCAAACCAAUGGUGGUCUUUCUCUUGUUCAACUCCACAAGAAAAAACUUCUUGGAUGGAAACAAUUCAAAAAUCUUUAACAAAUUUACCAAAAGAAUCAAAAGUUUUAACUUCAAAAAAAUAA